GUUCUGAAGUACAUCUGUAAUGAAACUAGGCGCUUUCAUACCUUUGUUAUCAGAGAAGCCACCAACGGGGACCAGUGGAAGUAUGUAAACACCAAGGUCAACCCUGCAGAUAAAGCAUCUCGUUGAAUGAGAGCUGAGGAAUUUCUUACAAGAUCACGAUGGAUUAAAGGCCCAGAGUUCCUCUACUUGCCAGAAAAGGAGUGGCCUGUAGCGGACAUGGAUCCAGCUGUGAUUCCUGCUGAUGACCCCGAGGUCAAAAGAGAAACAAAAGUGAAUACCAUUGUCAAAUAUGCAGAUAAUGCCACACACCACUUCAUCAACUACUUCUCAUCAUGGAGGAAGCUUAAAGUGGCUGUUGCCUGGUUCCUUCAGCUAGCUUAAAAGAGUUCUAUCGCUUCUGAGCCAAAAGAGGAAAGAACUCAAAGCCGCUGAGAACGAUGAGGACGCCAGAGUUAAAUGUUCUGUGGAACAGAAACUUCAGAGUUCUAAAGCCACUCUUGUAGGAAAAAACGUGAGAAAAAAAAACUCCACAAGAUUAUGAUGAAGCAGAAAAGGCAAUCAUUUGUUUUGUUCAGAAACAAAGGUUUGCAAGUGAAAUCGCCUCAUUGAAAUGCGACUCAAACGUAUUGUGUGUAGACGCCACAGAGGAAAACUUGGCAGACUUACCUGGGUUAUGCCAGACAAGGCCGCUUUCACAAACGUGGGAGUUGAUUAUUUUGGCCCAAUCGCAGUCAAAAGAGGAAGAAGCCUUUUAAAAAGUUAUGGAGUGCUCUUCACCUGCUUGACCAGUCGUCCGGUGCACCUUGAAGUGGCAGACUCCCUUGACACACACUCUUGCAUUAAUAACAUAGUGAUUAAUUUGCAGAAGAGGCCCUGUGUCGAGUUUGAGAUCCGACAACAGCACAAAUUUCGUGGGUGCGAACAACAUAUUAAAACAAAGCCUUGUAGAGCUGAACAAUGUGAAAAUCCAAGAUGGAAUUAAGUGGAGCUUUAACACACCAGCUGCUUCACAUCAAGGUGGUGUUUGGGAACAUCUGAUUCGCUCAGUACGAAGCAUGCUCACCUCAGUUCUUGGACAGCAGGUAUUGAACGAUGAGGGCCUGCAGAUGCUGUUUUGUGAGGUAGAGGCAAUACUAAAUGACAGACCCAUCGCAAAGGUUUCGGAUGACCCCAAUGACCUUGAAGCCUUAACAUCAAACCAUAUUCUUCUGCCGAUCUUUCCACCAGGACUCUUUGAGCAGAGUGACCUCUACAUCCGAAGAUGUCGACUUUGUCUGAUACGACAAAGUCCUGAUUCUAUCCGAGGAGGGCAGAAAAGAUUGAACACAGCAGCCUCCACUGCUGUGCUUUCCCUUGUGAAUGAAGCUCAAUAUCUCCUGAUCAACCAGGCCAGCGUGGACCUCAUCCAGGAACAGAUUCGAAGCAGACAGGAAUCCUCGGAAGACGGCCAGCCUCUCGAGAGACAGGAUCUCAUCAGCCGCUUUCGAGCCAAUUUGGUCAUUGCUGGAGUGGAGCCAUUCGAAGAGGAUUCUUGGUCACAGCUGAUCAUCAGAAACGCUCAAUUUCUUGUUGGAGUUCGUUGUGGAAGGUGCCAGAUGAUCUGUGUGGAUCAAGACACUGGGGCUAAGAGCAAGGCUCCUCUUCUGGCUCUCUCAGCCUGCCGCUCGGGGAAGCUGACCUUUGGAGUGUACCUUAGCCGUCAGGUUCAGGGAGACUCCCCCUCAGCCCGGACUCUCUCUGUCGAAUAUUUAUUUGCAUAUGUAUUUUCACUGUAACCACUUCAAACUUUCUCCUGCUGGCAGAGUCCUAGAAAAUAAGGGUUUCUUUGCAUGUACAUUUUGCUAAUUCGCCACUUGUUUUUGUCAAGUCACAGAAACUAAAUCAUUGACCAUGCACACACAAGUCCCUCUCACUUUGUAGGUGGUUAUACAAAUAUUCUUUUGUGUAAGUGAUUGGAUUCAUAAUUGUUAUCAUCACUAGUCAAUCAUUACAGCUAGUUCAAACUAUUGACAGGGUCAAAAGGUGGACUUGCUAGUUGACUUCUGAAUGAAGUCAUAUGAGGACAUGUAGGCUAUUUUUAAGUUAAAUUAUUAAAUUAAAUUAUUCUAAGUU